AUGAUGUCGCGAAGCCAGUCGAGUCUGGGCUACCUGGACAGUGGCCGAGAGGAUUCGGCUCCAGGUGUCUCCCCAUCCAUGAACCAGCAAUCCGCCUCGGGGCCUAUCAACCUUUCAGGCCUAGUGUGCAACGUGCGACGAACCACCGGCAAGGAGCCUCACCCCCUAGUGGGUGCGACGACGACAAUCCUGGGCGAUAAGCUAUACGUAUUCGGAGGCCGGAUCCUCUCACGCAGCCGCCCGCAGUUAACGUCGGACUUAUACGAGUUGGACUUGAUUAGGCGCCAUUGGACAAAAAUCGAGCCCGCGGGAGAUGUUCCUCCCCCACGCUACUUCCACAGUGUGUGCGCUCUAGGUGACAACAAGCUGGUAUGCUAUGGCGGCAUGUCGCCUGCGCCAAGUGCGCCUAAGGAUCCGGAAAAUCCUGACUCGCAGACACAAUCCGAGGUCGUGGUUAUGUCAGACAUCCAUAUUUUUGAUGUGCCAUCGCGUGCCUGGACCCGCGUCGCUGCCCAUGAGUCUCCGCAGGGGCGAUACGCACACUGUGCUACGAUACUUCCGUCAAGUGCUUGCUUCACCUCGGCCAGCGCACCUCUAUCUGCCAUCCACCACAAUCCAGAAUCAUCGUCUCACCAAGGGACUCUUGGCGUGGACAUUGAUGGCUUUGGGGGCGCCGAGAUGGUAGUUGUCGGUGGUCAGGACAGUUCCAACCACUACAUUGAACAAAUCAGUGUCUUCAACCUGCGAAGUCUCAAGUGGACCAACACUAGCCCUCUGGGAAGAAGCUGCGGUGCUUAUCGGAGUGUCGUGGCUCCCUUGGUUGGCAUGGACGUGUCCGAAAUUGGAUCCUCUGCCCCAGAUCGCGACUUGCAUGAGCCAAUCCAGGACAGCGGUGAUUCACCUGGAUGUCCUAUGCUGAUUUAUUCCAACUACAACUUCUUGGAUGUCAAGCUGGAGCUGCAGGUGCGCCUGCCGGACGGGCGCCUUGUCGAGCGACCUAUGCAGAGCCAGGCUUCACCCCCAGGAUUGCGUUUCCCGAAUGGAGGUAUCAUUAAUGGUCACUUUGUUGUUAGUGGUACCUACCUGACUUCCUCGAAGCAGGAAUAUGCACUGUGGGCUCUUGACCUGAAAACCUUAACCUGGGGCCGUAUCGAUGCUGGAGGCUCGGUCUUUGGGCAGGGCAGUUGGAAUCGAGGAGUGCUCUGGCCUCGUCGUAACUCAUUCGUAAUUCUCGGACACCGGAAGAGGAGCCUUGUCGAUGAUUACAACCAUCGACGUAUCAAUUUUUCGCACGUCUGUUUGGUUGAGCUCGAGGCCUUUGGACUGUACAACAAUCCCUGCCGUACUUCUCCGACCUCCGGGUAUAAGUCUUAUAGCUCUUCUACUGUUCCGGCCUCUCUCCAGAAGAAGCUUAUGCAUUUGACAUCAGGAGGAAGACCACUGUCUGCUGCAUCUGAUGAGCUGGGCAGACUUGCUCAAUCUUUGCCGGAGAUGGCCGAUAUGGAGCUGCAGGCAAUGGGAGGGGAGCGCAUCUCUGUCAACUCUCGAGUAUUGACCCGAAGAUGGGGUCCUUAUUUCAUUCAGCUUCUGCGUGAAUCAUCAGAGGGGGGCAUUGCAGAUGCUGCAACUCUUCGUCCGGCUCUCAUCCACCCGAGUCGCAACUCCAGUAUCACCAUCACGCCUUCAGUAGGCCACAACAGUACAUACUCGGAUGCCACGACACUUGUCAACCAAGGCGUGCCUUCCAAGUCCCUGCUUGAGAACCUUGAAGCUCCCUCAGCUCACUCCCUCGCCCCAACCUCCCGACCUCGCGUGCUAUACCUCCCCCACACUAUCUUGACUCUCCAAGUUCUCGUGCAAUAUCUGUAUACAGCGGCUCUCCCAGCACCAGGCUCCUCACUGUGCACGCCGCAAAUCCUCUGCUCGCUCCUCCAGCUAGCCCGUCCUUAUCAAAUUGAUGGGCUCCUGGAAGCCACCGUCGAAAGGCUCCACCAAGUCUUGGACGGACGUAAUGCCGCUGCUGUCUUCAACGCAGCCGCCAUGGCAGCCGGUGGCGGGCGAGGGACCGGAUUCACCGGCGGACCAGGCGGUACGCUGGAAGCCCUGAACGGCGCAUAUGCCGGCCGCAACGGCUCUACCCACACGAAUGGCGAAAACAGCAAUUCUCACGGUCCUCUGGCAUCGAACUCAUCUGAUACCGAGCACGGAGCAUCAGCAAAGAGCAGCUUAGAUGACCUCACAAACUCUUCUCGUGGCCUCCCCUCUCUCCGAAUCGACACCAGUGUCUCUCAAAGCUCGCGCCAGCGCAGCCACCGUGACCGCGAAGACUCCAUCAGCAACUCUAGCGCGGCAACCUCCGUAUCGAGUGCUAGCCUCAGCCAGUCGGACUCGGAGUGGGUCAGCGGUGAUGAAGGCCGUUCACAAUCUCGGCACCAUCGCCGUGGUACAGAUACAGAUCUGCAUCGCCCGCAGCGUGAACUCUGGACCGGCGAUCUGAGCAGUGUCAUUGGUCUUCAGAAGCGUGGUCUGCGUGGUCUCAUGGAGGGCCGUCGGAUGCGUGAGCGCAGCACAAAGCCCGCUAGUACUAGUAGUGCUUCGACUUCUAUGCCUGCAUCGGCUGUUUCCGGUGAACAUUACAUUCCAAUCCAGGGCGUUGCUAGCUGA